UCGAAGCUGAAAAGAGAGGAGGAAGGAAAAGAAAUAACUUUCUCCCAGCAGGCUGCUGGCUUGCCACAAAAUGUCUGUACCUACUGCAGGUGGAUUUGCAGUUCCAGGAUCGGACUCCUGAGUCAUCUCAGGACCCAUAUGUAAAUCUGUGGUAGAGAUCACCCUUGAAUCGAGGGAUCACCAAUCAAUCACACAAUAGUCUCAUAAGCAAACUAGGGAAUGUGAUCUAUAUGAAGUUAUAAGCACAAGACACAGCUGUUUCGGAGUUAAAAUGGAAAAGUACGAGACCCUGGGGCUAGUCGGAGAAGGAAGCUACGGAAUGGUAAUGAAGUGUAGAAAUAAAGACAAUGGAAGAAUAGUCGCCAUCAAGAAGUUUUUGGAAAGUGAGGAUGAUAAAAUGGUUAAAAAAAUUGCCAUGCGAGAAAUCAAGCUACUCAAGCAACUUCGACAUGAAAAUCUGGUGAACCUGCUGGAAGUGUGUAAGAAGAAGAAACGAUGGUAUCUGGUGUUCGAAUUUGUGGAUCACACACUCCUCGACGACCUUGAGCUGUUUCCACAUGGACUAGAUUACAGUAGAGUUCGGAAAUAUUUAUUUCAGAUUAUAAAAGGAAUAGGAUUUUGUCACAGUCACAAUAUAAUACACAGAGACAUUAAACCGGAAAAUAUAUUGGUCUCCCAAUCAGGAGUUGUAAAACUCUGUGAUUUUGGAUUCGCUCGUACUCUGGCAGCCCCUGGUGAAGCUUACACUGACUAUGUGGCAACGCGAUGGUACAGAGCUCCAGAACUGUUGGUUGGUGAUACCAAGUAUGGCAAGGCUGUGGAUGUGUGGGCCAUUGGCUGUCUGGUCCCAGAAAUGCUUACAGGAGAGCCCCUGUUUCCUGGGGACUCAGACAUUGACCAGCUGUACCAUAUCAUGAAAUGUCUGGGCAAUUUAACUCCACGGCAUCAAGAGCUGUUCUAUAAAAAUCCACUCUUUGCUGGAGUGAGGUUGCCAGAGGUCAAGGAGGCCGAACCUCUUGAAAGACGGUAUCCCAAGCUCUCUGCGGCAGUGUUAGAUUUAGCCAAGAAAUGCUUGCAGAUUGAUCCGGACAAAAGGCCAUCCUGUGCUGACCUAUUGCAGUGCGAUUUCUUUAACAAAGAUGGAUUCACGGAAAGAUUUGCUCAGGAGCUUAGGUUAAAGAUCCAGAAAGAUGGCAGGGACCAUCCUUUGCCCAAAAAAUCAAAAAUUAGCAAAAAGGACAAAGAUGAUUCUUUAGGAGAGGAAAGAAAAAUGCUUGAUAUCCAGGACUUCAACAUUGAUCCAAAGAGCAAAGAUCCUAAACUGUUCAAGGUGAAAUUAUCCAAAGCUGAGGUGGAGAAAGCUGACAGAUCUUCCAAUAUGAGCUGCCUGUAUGACAGUGGAACCAGUCCGUUCAAAACAGUCCCUCCGACAAGCAUGAAAGACUCCAGCAGCAGCUUGGAUUACAUAAAGAACCCAGGCAUGGUUAUUCCUCCCAUUAUCCCGAACCUUGCUACCAUCACGCCCAGUAUAAGUAUUAACUCUGGGAUGGGAACUAUUCCUGGAACCUAUAAUUACAGAGUUGAUGAGAAGACUAAAAAAUACUUAACCCCUUUUAUAAAGCAAGGGAAACAUUCACCAGCAGGGCAUUACAAUGUCAGCUUGGCCACGUCGGUCUCAAAUGAAAAGAACAUUCUUCAGGCAAACAAGAAAAGAUGGGAAUUCUCCAAGACAGAUGUGCGUUUGCCUGAGCUAAACUAUAACCAUCUCCCUGAACUGAAAGGAAUGGACGCUCGAAAUUCCAGAUUUGUCAAAAAGGAGAACAAAACAGUCUCAGAGUCUCGCAUUCCGUCCCUUGCCACCAUCGAUCUUCACAACCCGAGCCUGGCUUUGCAACAGAUAUCGGGAACAUCACUGCCAGAUGCUUCAGAAGCCAGCUUCCCUCGAGUAGAACGCUAGCCCGGAGAAGAACUGAGGAAUUGGGUACGUUUUGCCUCUGAAGCGUAUGUAUUACUUUCUGCAGCUUAGCCUCUUGUUGCCUUUCAAAAAGAACACUUGACAAGGGCUGAUACCUUUUGUGGGUUUACUGAAGAGAGAGCCUUCCAAUGUUCGAUAUCGCCAUUUGCAGCAUACGCGUGUUUAGAAUGUAUUUGUGCCGUUGCCAAGCAGGAAAGACCAGUGCAUGACUUUGUGAAUGGGUCCCUUUUCCUGUAUAGUGCUGUAUAGUUCCAUGCAUAUGAAUCUUGAUCCUAAGUGGAUUUUUUAUUUUUUUGUGGAACUGACUGGAGGUGUUUAGCAUUAGAGGGAGGGAUGGAAUGCAUUAUGGAAUUGUGUGUCUUCUGAAAAGGCGGUUACCCAACAAUGAAACAAAGUUAGUGUGUUAGGAUACUGACCAACUCCUGGCCUGGGGAGAAGAGCUGUACCCAGAGGUGGAUGAGGUUUUGUGGGGCCCUGGGCCAGAGUAAGUGUGGGUCUCUCCUCACCACUUCCGCAUGCCGUCCCUUUCUUCCCCCAGCGCUCCUGCCAGGGAAAUGGGGUUAGAGCGUGUGGGCUUAUCCCACCCUGCUCCCCUGCUCAGUGCUCCUGUCGGGGGGUGGGGUCGGGUUGUGGGGGAUCACCCGCUCCCUGGCAGGAGCACCUGGCAAGCAGAGCGUGGUCAGGGUGCAUGCCCAUUUUUCCGGGGCCCCCCAAUUGGCCAGGGCCCUGGGCCCGGGCCCAGUGGCUAAUCCACCGCUGGCUGUACCAACGGCAUCCAAUACAGUUAUCUUGUAGUAAACUAUUUUUCUUUAAAAACAACAACAAAACCGUAUUUAUGGCCAGUGGAGAGCCCCAGGUCUCAGUGAGAGAGCGCAGGGUUACCAACACUUAUGAGCCAAGAACAGAUGAUAACUCCUACACUUGAACCUUUUUAAAGAGAGAGAGAGCUGGCAAAUUUAACAGACCCAAAAGAGAGGGACGUACGGGAAACUUAGAUAACAGAAGAAAAAAUUCACUGAGACUCCAUGUUAAAGAAACACUGUCACCAUAAAAAUUGUCAAUGGAAAAUGUAUCAAUGUACUAUCAGUAACGCCUACAUUUAAAAGUUAAAACUGAAUGAAUUUUAAAAAUCUAAUAUACUUUUUGUCAUGUGUUUACUAUUGUCAUUUCACUAAUUUUGGGUAGUGAAACGUGAAGUGCUCGCUUUCCCUGAUUGGUUCCCAGGCUCUGGCAUAGAGCUGAUGUAUUUUGAUUUCCAACUCUACAGAGACUGUUUAAAUUUUAAUAAAUCAUGUUUUUGUGAAAUCUUUACAAAUCAUCAGUAUAGA